AUGGUAUUUUAAAACUCGCUGGAAUACCAAAAGAGGCGCGUUACGAUACAACAGACUUGGCCGCGUGCUUGGACGCUCUUUUGAGGGCAGAAAAGAAUAAGUUAUUGAUAAAUGUAUUAAUAUGCUAG